AUGAACGGCUCGCCAGGCGCAGGGCACAAGCGUGGGGCGGGCAGGGCGGACGACGAGGUCGUGCACAAGGUGCUGCCAGCCUGGCACUUCCUCUACGAGCGUGGCGAGCUGACAGGCAGCAGCAGCGCAGCGGCGAAGCGACUCAAGCCGAGGCAGCCAUUGAGCUGUCAGGAAUGCAGGAGGCUCAAACUCAAGUGCGACCGCGAGUUCCCCUGCGCAAACUGCCGCAAGCGCAACUGCGCCGACAUCUGUCCGAGCGGGACUAGCAAACCGCCAGGACGAGCCGUCCGUAUCGCCGCCGAAUUUGCCGCCCUCUUGAAACGGGUCGACGACCUCGAAGCGAUCGUUAGCCAACUCGGUGCAGGCGACCGUAUUCCGCCGCCUCUGCAUCUGGAGGAGGCGACGAAACGGAGCACAACGAUCACGAAGGAGCUCGAGCAGGAGAUUCGGGAAGGGCGGAGGGACACAAGUCGUGGGAGGACGAGCGAGAGGAGCGAUUCGGGCGGGAGGUUAGGCGGCAGCAGCGGGGCGCGGGACGAGGAGGGCGACGAACUGGGCGCUGGGUCGGCCGACGAAGGCAUCGAGUCGGUCAUGGUCGGCGUCGGAUCGCUCAGCAUCGCCGACAGCGGCCGGACCCGCUUCUUGGGGGCGGCGGCCGGGUCAGCCUACUUCUACCCCGACCCGAACGACGAGGAAGACGCGGACGCUUCGAGCCUCGCCAGUGAGGCUGAGCAGGGAGUGCCGGCGGUCGACCAGGUGAUCCGGUACCCGUACAUCCAGCUCGGGACGGCGUACUCGAAAUCGGCGGAGCUCGAGCGGCUCAGGGCGUUCUUGCCGGAUCAAGCGGAGGGACGGCGAGUGUCCGAGAAUUACUGGCGGUAUCUCGCUUUCCAGUUCACGCCGCUCGAAGAGGCGGUCUUCUGGGAGGACUACUGGCCCUCCGCCUACACGCCGCACGACCCGCACGGCACCAAGCUCGCAUGUGUCCUCAUGAUCCUUUCCCUCGGUCACCUCUUCGACCCCGAUGCGCCCUCCACGCCGAACGCGGACGCACAGCAUUUCUUCAUCCUCUCGCACGCUGCACUCGCCGCCUCUCGCUUCCUCGCCAACUCGACUCUCGCCGCAGUCCAGACUCUGCAGCUUUCGGCAAACUUCCAUCUCAACUACCACGACCUGCGCGAAGGCGGCGAGACGUUCUUCCCGAUCCUCGGCAUGGCCGUCCGCAUGCUCGCGACGCAAGGCCUGCACCGCGACGGAUCCAACUUUGGCCUCACCGGCGCCGAGCUGAACCGUCGCCGUCGGGUGUUCUACGAGCUCAUCACGCUCGAGCGGAUGCAGGCGUUCAUCUCGGGCCGGCCGCACAUGUUCCGCGACACGCACUUCGACACGCAGAUGCCCGAAAACGCCAGCGUCUUCGACCGCGCCAAGUGGCAGAUUGGCAUCCUCAUUGCCAAGGUCAUCGACCAGGCCUUCUCCGUCGCAACGCCCUCCUACUCGACCAUCCUCUCGCUUGACCAGGACAUGCGGGACCUUGUGCGCGACACUCCGCCCGACUACCGCUCGUGCGCCUUGCCUGCAGACUCGUUCCUUGUCAAGCCGCAAGGUAUCCCGCAACUCCCUCCCGCCCCUCCGCCCGAAGCCGCCUCCUACGACCUGAUCACCCGCAUGCGCGCACACACCCUCGACCAGAUGUUCGGCCAAGUCCUCUUCUACCUGCACAAGCCGGCGUUCGCUCAGGCGCUCCUCAAGUACUCGGAUGAACCGCUCAAGUCGCCCUGGGCUGCGAGCGUCGCGGCUGUGUCGCUCGAGACGGCUGUCUACCUGCUUGCGGUCGCCAAGUCGUUCUUCCAGCUCCAUCCAGUCCUGAGUCCGCGUUGGUGGCACAUCUGGUUCCACGCCUUUGCCGGCUCCGUCGCGCAAAGCUCGCUCGUCAUCAAGUCGCCCCGUUCGAUGCUCGCCCCGCACGCCUGGUCGCAGCUGAACGAGGCCGUCGCGCUCUUUGAAGCAGCCGGAUCAGGUGGAGCGCCCGUCGCGGCGUUCGUUCCGCGCCUCCGAGUCCUGCGAGAGAAGGCCUUCCUCAGCCUCCAGAACGCCAUCUCGGUCCCGCUCGGCUUGAUGGACCCGCAUUCCAGUACCGACGUGGGUGACUCGCUCGCGGAAGGGACGGACGUCAGUUUGUCGAUCCUCUGCCCGCCGACUCGUCUCGAGCGCAAGCAGCGGAAGAAGUCGGUCGUCCGCUCCUCCUCGGCGGGGAAGGCCACAGGCUCGGCCUCGCCCGCAGGCGACUCGCCCAACACGGUCCUCGCGCAGAUGCUCGGCGCGACACCGGCGUUGUCGGAGCAGGCGCCGCCGGUCACGCCGGCAUGGCCUUCAAGUCCCGUUGAAGCCGAGCCAUACAACCCGUUCGACUCGCGCAUCGCCAUGCCCGGUUUCGUCGGAGGAACCAAGUCGCCGCCCGUCGCUCCGGCACCUUACGACGCUGCAACGCUCGCGUACCUCACGGCCGCCCAGCAGCCUCCGCCGAACAACCCCGCCGCGCAGUUCAUGCCCGUCGCGUUCCUCCCUCACCAACCUCUCCCGCACCCUCUUCGCGAGUCGUACGAGCUUGCGGAGGCGCACGGACCGAGCAAGACGGCGAUGGCGUAUGCAGCGGCUGCCGCAGCCUCGUCAUCCGCUUACUCCCUGAGUGUUGGCGCGCCUAGCUCGAGCGAUAUCCGUCCGCAAGUCCCGCCUCUGCCGCCUCAAGCGCAGCCCGUCGACCCUGCGUCGGUGCAGCAAGACCCCCUCGGCAUGCUGCGCCAAACCGCCCUCCUCGCCGCACACGCUCCGCCACCUUCGUCCUCUGCGCCAGGAGGAUCGUCAGGCGUGCCAGGCUUUUCACCCUUUGCGGGUCUGUCGCCAGGGUACGGCUUUGGUGGGCUGAUCACGCCUUGGCCGGCGUAUGGCGAGGUGCAGGCGGGAGCGGGAGGAGAGGGAGCGACAGCGGCGGGUGCGGCAGGCGGUGCGCCGGCAGAGUCGUGGCCUUGGUUUGAUGUCCUCGGCGGUGGUGCGAGCGGAGGAGCAGGAGGAGGAGCUGCGCCUGGGAUGCCUUCUCCGCUCGACUUUUCGCGCUUCCCUGGGUGA